AUUUAAAAAGAUUAUUUGAAGAAGGAAUCCAUAGGUUUCACCGCCAUGUCAAAGGAUUUGCAACACAAAAAAGAUCAAUAAUCCUUGCUCUAGAAAGAAAAAUUGCAUGCAUUUAUUAGGUAGUAUAGGAGGUAGCCAGUGUGGUACAGAGGGAAAGAACAUUAAAUUGAAAUCAGAUAGCCUGCUUUUUGGGUCCCACACUAGUUGUAUGAGCUGUCUGGACCUCACUUUUCUAAUCUAUAAAAUGUAGGUUGGACUGUGUGGCCUCUGAGAUCCCCCUCAAGCUCUACAUCUGUGAUCUAAGGAACAAGUUGAUACAUAAAGCAUAAAUUGAUGUGCCAAGCACAGGGGAUACAGAGAUCUGAACCGUGCCCUUCUUUCAAGGGAUAGACGCAAAGCUAUGAUUUAGAAGACAAGGGAGAAUGUGAUAACAGAACCAGGUUUCCACACCACUUCCUUUUCUACAUACUUUGCUAAGACUACCUCCCUACCUCCUCCCCCUCCACACCCCACAUUCCCCAUCUUGGGCUUGUGCUCUGGGAUUGAGUGCUCUAUUAAAUGAACCUUCACUUUAUCUUCCCUGCAAUUAGGCCUUGACUUCUGGUCGUCCUCACACCAUACUGCUUUCCCUCUGUCCCCUUUUUUCAGCUCCCCUUUAUAUGCUGCCUUCCCCCCUUAAGAAUGUAAGCUCCUGCAGGCAAAAUUUGUCUUACAUGUUUAUAUUUGUAUCCCCAGCACUUACCACAGUACCUGGCUCCUGAUAAAUAUCCUAUUUAUCCAUCUUUCUAAGUAACCUUUCCAGAUAGAAAGAGAUGAGAAUUGGAGUGGGAAAAAUCAGGGAAAUCAUGAGGGGGUGACAUUUGAGUUGAGUCUUUGGAAGCUUGAGUUGGAUUUCAACAGAUCGAGACUGGGAAAGAACAUUCUUAUCAUAGAGAGUGGUGUAAACUAAAGUAAUCUGUACAAAGUGUAAAUUCACUUACAUAGUACAUACUUGAAAGGAAUUUAUGAUGACUCACUGAAGAACUUCUUUAGAAAUGUGGAUACUAGAAGAAAUGGUGAUGGUGUAGAUGUUUCCAAAGGAAAAAUUUGCUCACUAAAAGCACGAGCGCUCUUGAUUGAUAUGGAGGAAGGAGUAGUGAAUGAAAUCCUUCAGGGACCAUUGAAAGAUAUAUUUGAUAGCAAGCAACUCAUCACAAAUGUUUCUGGCUCAGGGAAUAAUUGGGCAGUGGGUUACAAAGUUUUUGGUUCUCAGUACCAGGAUCAGAUUGUGGAGAAACUCAGACAGACAGCAGAGCACUGUGACUGUUUGCAGUGUUUCUUCAUAAUUCAUUCCAUGGGAGGAGGGACAGGUUCUGGUCUUGGCACAUUUAUUUUAAAUGUGCUUGAGGAUGAAUUUCCAGAAGUAUACAGAUUUGUGACUUCAGUUUUUCCAUCUGGUGAGGAUGAUGUCAUUACUUCACCAUAUAAUAGUGUUUUGGCAAUGAAGGAACUUAAUGAGCAUGCAGACUGUGUGUUGCCCAUCGAAAAUGAAUCUUUAUUUGACAUCGUUAGUAAAAUUAAUCAGAUGGUAACAUCUGGAAAGCCAGGAACAACUGUGAAACCAGAGAGUCUGGUAACUUUAAAUGAAGGUGGUAUUAAAAAAAAGCUGCAAGAAAAGCCAUUUGAUACAAUGAAUAAUAUUGUAGGAAAUUUGCUGCUCAACUUAACAAGUUCUGCCAGAUUUGAAGGUUCUCUUAAUAUGGAUCUUAAUGAAAUUACUAUGAAUUUAGUUCCCUUUCCUCAACUCCAUUAUCUUGUUUCAAGUCUCACACCUUUGUGUACAUUGGCAGAUGUAAACAUUCCUCCUCGAAGGUUAGAUCAAAUGUUUUCAGAUGCCUUUAGCAAAGACCACCAGCUCAUUCAGGCUGACCCAAAGCAUAGUCUCUACCUUGCUUGUGCCUUGUUGGUUCGAGGAAAUGUACAGAUUUCAGAUCUUCGAAGAAAUAUUGAAAGAUUGAAAUCUUCUCUCCACUUUGUCUCAUGGAAUCAAGAAGGCUGGAAAACAAGUCUGUGUUCAGUACCACCUGUGGGCCAUUCUCACUCACUCUUGGCACUAGCAAACAACACCUGUAUAAAACCAACUUUCAUAGAACUUAAAAAGAGAUUCACAAGACUUUACAAGAAAAAGGCUCAUCUUCAUCACUACCUACAGGUUGAUGGAAUGGAAGAAAGUUGUUUUACAGAAGCUGUAUCAUCUUUGUCAUCUCUUAUAGAGAGCUAUAAUGAAUUAGAUGUCACAAAAGGCUUGCCUGUACAUGAUCCACUUAGACUAAAUAUAGUUAUAUAAAAACACAUUCACAAGCUUUUAUUUUCCAUUAGGAAUUUUUUGGUUUCCUGGUGGUCUACUUUUUAGUUUGUGUUCUAUCACUCAGAAAAUCUUGCUUGAUUUUAUCACUCAAGAAAUCUUCAUUGAUUUUCUUCAAAGUAGCAGGCAGCAUUACUGUCUAGGAGAAAAGUUUCCUUUAAGACAGUUUGAUGGAGAUAUGCCAUACUGCAUUUGGAAUCAGUGCAAUCUUUGAACCAUAUCUACAACCAUUUUGCCUUUACAAGAACCAUAUUUUUUAAAGAUUUAUGAAAAGUAUGAAGUCUAUUUGCCUUUUUAUAACCUGAUAUUCAGGAGUUGUACACUAAUAAAAAGACUGAUAUAAGUAUAUUUUUUGUGUAUGUAACAUUCAGAUUUAUUUUGAAACACUGUAUAGGUACUCCAAUUCUUUUUAAAACUGAUCUGAUGUACUAGGAGUGGUUUAAUAAAAAUAUAAGUAGAUAUUGAUUUUAUUAUAGUAAUUGAAGAUGAAAUCAGCUUUUGAUUUUUCAUUCAAAAUAAUUAAAAAUUUUUUAAAAUAUGUGAUUUUAUUACAUAACCAGAUUGAUUUUAUAGUAGUAAAUGUGCCUUAUUUAUAAAAUUCUAUUAUUUAUAAUUACUUUGCACAAUAAAAUCCACGCAAAAGUACAGAACUUUUCCAGGCUCAACAUCUUCUAGACAUUGUAGUAUGUGAGGGAAAUAAAUAUUACAAAAUUGCUAUAAUCUGAAAUGUUUAAACUAUGUUCAUUUGUAACAUGACUAUACAAAAUAUUUCACUUAUAAUUCAAGGCUAAUACGUCACUCUGUUUUUACCAAAGGAUUGAUUUUUGCUCUUAUUCUUCUACUAGCAAAUCAAUUGAAAUAAAUCAUUAGACUUUU